GUUAUCAUAAUAUCUUGUAAUCAAAUUUAUCAUAAAUAAAUAUUUACACCUAUUAAACAUGAUUAAUUUAUCGUUUGUGCAACAAAAAUAAAAUUCUUUUAUGUUACCACAUCGUUUAAAAAGUUUUUAUUGUUUGGUACUUGGAUAUAUGUAAUAGAAUUUUUUAUUGCUGUGCAUAGUAAUUAUCAGCGGUGGUGGCCCUUGGUCUCUCGACUACGAUUCUUGCUAUAGAAAAUAGAAGUUUGAGGCUGGCAGUACGAAGAUUAAAUAUGGAAAAAAACAAUUGCGAAAAAAAUUGCAAUAGAGACCAAUUGGCAAAGUACAGAUUGCCGGACACUGUCAAGCCUUUGCUAUAUGAUCUCUAUCUUUAUCCAGAUCUAAAGACCGGACUAUUUACAGGAAAAGUAAAUAUCUCUUUGGAGAUUUUAAAAGAAACAGAGAGCGUGAGCUUACACUCAAAGGGGCUCAAUAUUGCAAAUGUGAAGGUUGCCUCCCAGCCAGGAACAUUUAUCACAGAAAAGACCUACGAUUUACUCAACAUCAAAAGACAAGAUAAUUCUAAAUUUAUACCUGGAUUUGAUAAUAUUGAGAUUGAGUUUAAUGGUGAUAUGAAAAACAGAAUUGUGGGGUUAUAUACCAGCAGCUAUACAACAUCAUCAGGGGAGAAAAGGCAAAUUGCAACCAGUAAGUUUGAGCCAACAUUCGCCAGACAAGCCUACCCCUGCUUUGACGAGCCCAAUUUAAAAGCCAAAUACAAAGUCCAUUUAUUGAAACCAAAGGAUAGCUCCUACAUAGCUCUAUCUAAUUAUCCUGUAGAGAAUGUAACAGAUUACGAUAACGACCACCAACUAGUCACUUUCGAUGAAACUGUAUCAAUGUCGACGUACCUGUCAUGUUUUAUCGUUUCCGAUUUUACACAUACCGAAACAUCCUUCAACAACAGCGGAAAAAUUGUACCCCUUAAAGUGUUCGCUAGCCCUGAAAAUUUGGAUAAAACAAGAUAUGCAGGAGAAGUAGGAAAAAAAGUCAUUGAAUAUUAUGUACAGUAUUUUCAAAUGCCUUAUCCUCUGCCAAAAUUGGAUCUGGUUGCUAUUCCUGAUUUUGUGUCAGGCGCUAUGGAACACUGGGGUCUUGUCACUUUCAGGGAAACGGCCCUUCUGUAUACAAAUACAACGCAUUCAAGUCUCAAUAAACAAAGAGUGGCAACUGUAGUGGCCCAUGAAUUAGCUCAUAGUUGGUUUGGAAAUCUAGUCACGAUGAAUUGGUGGAAUGAUUUGUGGUUAAAUGAAGGAUUUGCCUCUUACAUUGAAUACAAAGGAGUAUUAGCAGCAGAACCUACUUGGGGCAUGCUUGAACAAUUUAUUAUAACCGAUUUGCAUCCUGUAUUAUCAUUUGAUGCCAAACUAAGUUCACAUCCUAUUGUUAAACAUGUUGUAACGCCAGAUCAAAUUACUGAGAUAUUUGAUGUUAUCUCUUACAAUAAGGGAGCAUCUAUCUUGCGAAUGCUGGAAGCCACAGUAGGCGACGAAGUUUUCCAAAAUGGCGUCAAAAACUACUUAAAUAGGUACGCAUUUGGCAACGCCGUCACGAAAGACUUAUUAAGCGAAUUGCAGCUUCUAGUCGGAAAUAAAUUGGAUGUCACAGAGAUGAUGGACACGUUUACACUUCAGAUGGGUUAUCCUAUAUUAGAUGUUGCCAUAUCGGGCGAUACUUACACUUUGACUCAGAAGAGGUUUUUAAAGGAUCCUAAUGCUGUUUAUAAUGUUAACGAAACCAAGUAUAAGUAUAGGUGGUCUGUACCAGUGACUUACGUUACAAAUUUGGGCAAGUCUAGCGAAUUCAUACUUUUUAAAUACAGUGAUAAUCAGGUUACCAUAAAGAAACCAGCUGGAGCAACAUGGCUGAAAUUCAAUACCGACCAAAUAGGUUACUACCGAGUCAACUAUCCACUCGAUGAAUGGCAAAAUAUAAUAAACAACUAUAAAUUGUUUAGUACCGGAGACAGGACCCAUCUUCUAGAAGAAACUUUCUGUAUAGCCGAAGCCAAUCAAUUAAAUUAUACAAUUCCACUGGAACUGACUAAAAAGUUGAAAGACGAAAUCGAUUUUACUCCGUGGAGUGUAGCUACAUCCAAUUUAAAAGAUAUUCUUGCUAGGCUUAGAGGCGCUAAGUCAGAUAUGAUCUCGGCAUACAAGGAAUAUAUUACAAAGAUUGUUUCACCUGCUUACAAUAAAUUUACUUGGACAGAAGAUGCAAGUGAUAAGCACCUUGAAAAGUUAGCAAGACUCAGAGUACUUAGUCUAGCCUGUUCAGCUGAUCAUAAGGAAGCAUUGGAAGAAGCGCGAUCAAAAUUUAAUACCUGGAUAGAAACUAAACAGCCAAUAUCACCAAAUUUACGAAGUCUUGUAUAUGUUUACGGAAUUAAGAAUGCUUCUGAAAGUGAUUGGGAUAAUAUGUUGCAAGUAUAUAUGAAUGAAACUGAUGCUUCAGAGAAAGUAAAACUUAUGGAUGGUUUGUCAAGUGUGGACAAUGUUAAUUUGCUGAAAAAAUUGUUGGAUUUGGUUAAAAACGAAUCAGUGGUAAGAAGUCAAGACUACCUCAUAGUUUUAGGAACUAUUUCAAUCAAUCCCAAAGGAACUGACCUGGUUUGGGAUUUUGUUAGGUCAAAUUGGGACUAUUUAGUAGGAAGGUACACCUUAAAUGAGAGAAACUUGGGCAAUCUUAUACCUAGAAUUACCAACAACUUCUAUACUCCUGAUAGGUUACAAGAGAUUGAAGACUUCUUUAAGAAAUAUCCAGAAGCUGGAGCUGGAGCAAUUAAAAGAAAAGAGGCUUUAGAAACCGUACGGAAUAAUAUUCUAUGGGUGUCGAAUUAUAAAAAUAUCAUAGAAGAUUGGAUAGUUAAGCAAAGUGCUGUUUGAUAUGAUUUGUUUUAAACGUGAACUAUGUUUUUUACACUAUUUUUAUUAUUGUACUUGUAAAUAAAUACUAUUUUUAAUUAUUA